AUGACGCCGCCCGUACCCGUCCCUUCGAAAGCCGCGAUACAUGCUCUUCGAGGUCUUGCUCUGGGCAGCUCCUGUGCUCUCGGCCUGAUUGUGGAAGACAGGAGGCGACGAAUCAGCACUCUGAAGACAGCGGUCGACAACAACAAGAAGAUUAGGACGUCGAGACAAUAUCAUGGGGCCACGGAGGCUCUCAGACAGGCCGUUGAAGACGCGGCUGUCCUAUCUGGGCAGGACAUUCAUUGGCAUUAUGAUGCAGGACCUUCGAUCAGCCUCGAGCAUGGCCAGUAUCGAGCCACCACAGAAGUACGACGACCAAGCAAUACGCAGACAGACGCCAGAACCGUAGACAAGGAGGAACGAAAUUCGGUCGCUGAGCAUCAGGCCAAACAGCUGGCCCCCCAGGAUGGGCCAAAACCGCGAAUGAAUUCGUCGGAAAGAACGGGACCCCGCAUCCAUGCAAUACGGCCAUCAGUCGGUCUCACAACAUCCACAGACAGCGGCGGCUGGGCAAGGCCUGCAAGGUUAUCGAAAAGUGCGACUCCAGCUGACAAGAUUGCGGAAAUCCUCGACCUGCCUGUUCCAAGCAUCAAAACCAGAUUGCAAGAACCUGGCAUGCUUGCUACAUACAAGGCAGCAUUCAUUGCUGGUACCAAAAUGAGAGGCGCUUCCAAGAAAAAGCAAAAGGAAAAGCUGAACGAACAAUGGCUCAAUGUCUCGGAAGCACUGUGCACAUAUUGUCAAGAGAACGAGCUCUGGCAGGACGCGCAGGAGAUACUCGGGGUUGUGGUUGGAUUCGGCGAGGUCGACGAGACCAGAUUUUACGCCCAUAAUCCAUUUUCAGUGAUUGACUCAUUGCUGAGAGACCUUGAAGCAGAUGGAGAUGCCGUAGCCGGGAAGCUUGACUUGGCAACUCGUCUAUUUGUCGCAAAUUUUGAGCAUGAGCCGGCUCUAAAUAUUGACAAAAUCUCGCAAGUUGCCCAAGACCUCAUUCCUCGACUUCUCCAGUACCACCAGAUCCGGCAGGCUCACCAAGUCUACUGGCGAGUGUUGAAACAAUUGGACCAAACUGCAGACUUUACGGCUUGGUUUAUCGAACGACUUUCCCAAUACGGAGACCACAAGUCAGUCAUCAAGUACUUCAGACUGAAUUUUACAAAAGCGGCAACCAAAUAUACGACCUUUGAAACGACAGUAAACCGUGUGUUGGAUUCGGUUGAGGCAAUGCGGGGAGCCCGAGCAGAGCCUGUUGCCCGGGCCUUGCUUCAAUGCAGUAGGUUCGGGCUCACACCAAAAGCAGAAUGGCUCCAGAGACUAUUGCAGAGUCAUUGGGAUCGUUAUCAAGAUCUCCAAAAAUCUCACGAGUUCUUUCACGAAUUAGUGAAUUUAGGCUUGUUGAGCACGCUGAAACAUCCGGAAUCCGUUUAUCAAUUCAUGGUCAAGUUCGCUGCGUUGGACGGCCAUUCGCAGGUUGCCUUGUAUUAUUACGAAGAAACGCUCAAGCUGGCACCACACAUGCGGAACGAUGUGUGGUUGAAUGGCUGCAUGACCCUGACGAAAGCUAAACAUGGGUGCUGGGACGACGUUUACCUCGAUUAUUCCGAAAUGAGGCAAUACGCUCGUUCUCAGCCAGCAGCUUAUAGCCAGGCCUUUGUUGCUCUUCUCAAGGUCUUUCUCGACAGCCACACAGUUGCCGAAACAGAGGAUUUCAUACAGACUUACGUGGAGAAGAUGGAUGUUCGCUUGCAUCGUUAUGUCAUUACACUGGUAGCAAACAAGUAUGGCGAAGUUCACGAUUAUGAGGGACUCCUGGCAUGGCUUCAAUACUGCCGUUCUCAAGGACUUGAACUGGAUGCGGCUUUCACCAAUGCCAUUCUCCGCAAUCUGAGAUUAAAGUGGAAAUUCCCCUACCGGCAGUUGCAGAGAGUCUACAAACGCAUUCGGCGACUCGACCUGGCAACGGUCGAUCUCGCUACUACACGAAUCAUGCACGGCGCGGCAAUGGAAGAAGGCAAUUACGCAGGUACCAACAUCAAAAAAAGACUUGGCACGUUGGGGACAUCGCCGAGCAAACUUCCUUACACCUUCAAGUCUGCCAACGAACGUGAUGUUUUGCACGCCAUGACGGAGGAACUCUUGCGCGGCAACCCUGUCAGGGCUGUUGUCAUCUAUAAGCGUGCGCUACGCUUUGGUAUGCCAUGGUGUCCCAGGUGCUUUCGUGUUGCUGUCAAGGCAUCACUGAAGCGUAAAGGUGAGAAUUUUAGCAUCACCGCCAAGCUCAUCAGCGAUACAUAUGCCGAAGGCCAUGACAUCACCGGGGCUGCGUCGAUUCUCAUCAAGUCGCAAAUCACACAGUUUAGAGGGCCAUUUGAAGAGGUCAUGGCAAACCUGCAGUCUCUCACCACUCGCUUUGAGUCCCUGGGCCUGACUAUCGAGUCCUCCGUCAUGACACAUGCAGCUAUCAUGUCCACGCAGUUCAAGCAACAUACUCGGGCAGUGGAAUUCUGCAGGCUUGCCAUGGAACAGAGCGGUGCCACCAACCCGUGCUUUUCCCGGCAGAGCAUGCGAGCUCUCCUCUCGGCGUACUGGCAGACCCUCGACCCGGUCGGGUUGCGCUGGGUUGUGGAGUCGCUGCCGUCUAGCCCGCUAGCAGCAGACAAACAUGCAUUUCAUCUACUCAAGUCAACAAGGAGACACAUGCUGAAAUGGAACCCGUCGUCGCGAGUCAACGAGAUCAUUGAAAUCCUAGAAGAUGGUAUAGAUAGGGCGCGGCAACAGCGAAAAGUAGCGAUUCAGGUUGGAUCUUUAAUGCAUAACGAAACACUCCGCAUCAUGAGCGAUGCGGCGGGAAAUAUAGACCUGGGAAGAACGGAACACGGUCAUAGAGGGCAACAAACUAACCACGCCAGCGAUAUGGAGAAGACGACAUUGGCUCCAGAUAUGCGAACCCCGGCUUCCGUCCAGGCAUAUGGUUAG